AUGCCCGUCACCAACUUCUCUCACCCCGAUCCUUAUACUUACCAGACCGGCUUCGACUCCUACCACGAGUCCGAAGCCAUCCAGGGAGCUCUCCCGAUCGGCCAGAACUCGCCGCAGAAGGCUCCCUAUGGCCUCUACGCCGAGAAGCUGUCCGGUACGGCCUUCACUGCACCCCGCCAUGAGAACAAGCAGACGUGGGUCUACCGCAUCCUGCCCGCCGCGGCCCACGAGCAGUUCAUCGCGGAAGAUGCCGAUUCCUAUCACACUCGCAUGACCACCGAAACCCACAAGCUGCAUCACAUCCCCAAUCAGCUGCGGUGGAACCCCUUCGACUUGGACGAGAAGGUGGAUUGGGUCCAUGGCCUGCACCUGGUGGCUGGCUCGGGAGACCCCACCCUGAAGCAGGGCCUCGGGAUCCUGCUCUACGCGGCCGGCAAAGACAUGGGCAAGGAAGCCUUCUACUCCGCCGACGGAGACUUCCUGAUUGUGCCUCAGCAUGGAGUUCUGGACAUUCAGACUGAGCUGGGUCGCAUUAUCUUGCGCCCGAAUGAGAUUGCCGUCAUCCCCCGUGGUGUUCGAUACCGUGUGACUCUCCCGGACGGUCCAGUACGAGGCUACAUUUGCGAGCUGUACCAAGGCCACUACCAGCUGCCCGAGUUGGGUCCCAUUGGAUCCAACUGCUUGGCUAACGUUCGGGAUUUCCAAGCUCCCGUCGCUGCUUUUGACGACGAGGAGGAGCCCACCGAGUACAAGCUGUUCAGCAAGUUCAACAACACCCUAUUCUCGGCCCUCCAGGAUCACACCCCUUUCGACGUCGUCGCCUGGCAUGGCAACUACUAUCCAUACAAGUACGAUUUGGGCCGCUUCAACACCAUUGGGUCUGUUUCAUAUGAUCACCCCGACCCCUCCAUCUACACCGUCCUGACCGGUCCCUCGGAUCACGUUGGCACUGCCAUUGCCGACUUUGUUAUUUUCCCUCCUCGCUGGCUGGUUGCCGAGGACACCUUCCGGCCUCCGUGGUACCACCGCAACACCAUGUCUGAGUUCAUGGGCCUGAUCUGUGGUGGCUACGACGCGAAGACCGGAGGUGGCUUCCAGCCCGCCGGUGCCAGUUUGCACAACGUGAUGAGUGCUCACGGUCCGGACUCGAAUGCCUUCGAGGGUGCUAGCAAUGCUCAGUUAAAGCCCAGCAAGGUUGGCGAGGGCAGCAUGGCAUUUAUGUUUGAGAGUUCUCUCAUGGUUGGUGUCUCGGAAUGGGGACUGAAGACCUGCGAGAAGGUACAAGAGGAGUACAACCGCCACAGCUGGGAGCCUCUGAAGCGCCACUUCAAGAACCCCAAUAAGGUGUAG